AUGGCGGCUGUCGGGCGCUGGCCGCGGGUGCUCUUGCAGCUCUUGGUGGUGUCCGGGAUCGCGUCUCCCGCAUGGGGUCUCUACUUCCACUUGGGCGAGACGGAGCGCAAGUGUUUCAUCGAGGAGAUCCCGGACGAGACCAUGGUCAUCGGGAAUUACCGGACACAGCUGUAUGAUAAGCAAAGGGAGGAAUACCUGCCUGCCACUCCAGGUCUAGGCAUGUUCGUGGAAGUGAAGGAUCCUGAUGAAAAGGUGGUGCUGUCCCGACAGUAUGGCUCAGAGGGCCGGUUCACCUUUACUUCACACACACCUGGAGACCAUCAGAUCUGCCUGCAUUCCAACUCCACCAAGUUUUCGCUCUUUGCAGGGGGCAUGCUGAGGGUCCACCUUGACAUCCAGGUUGGUGAGCAUGCCAAUGAUUAUGCUGAGAUUGCUGCCAAAGACAAGCUAAGUGAGCUGCAGUUGCGUGUGCGCCAGCUUCUGGAGCAGAUAGAGCAGAUCCAGAAAGAGCAGAACUACCAGAGGUGGCGGGAGGAGCGCUUCCGGCAAACCAGUGAGAGCACAAACCAACGGGUUCUUUGGUGGUCCAUUGUCCAGACCCUCAUCCUUGUAGCCAUUGGAGUCUGGCAGAUGAGGCAUCUCAAAAGUUUCUUUGAGGCCAAGAAGCUGGUGUAAAAGAGUGGUGAUGUCAGCAAAAGGCCUGCAUCUUACACAGGAGCAGUUCCCAGGUCUUCAGGUGUUUGCACUGGUCCUCCUUCUCUCCUCAAUCAUCCUUUCCACAAGACAGUUGUUGGCCAGGAUCCGUGUCAUCUACCUCUCUCUGCCUCUCUCCCACUACUCCCACAUCUCAGCCUCCUGUGAUUCCAAUGCAGUGUUGGCCCCUACAAGGCGUUAUUCUCUCCAGACAGUUGGGGACUGCUUGCUGCUGAGGCACCUUGAACUUUUUAAUACU